AUGCAAAGGCAAGAACAACCAACGGGCGGUAAUUGCAACCAUGUUCCAAGGACGAAAGACGCAGUUUCCUCAAGUUUUCGCUUGUGUAUUCGGGAAGGCAACAAGCGCCUUCCCUUUCAAUUGGUUACCGAAGACCCGAGAUCUCAAGAUGCCAUUCGCCCAGGUUCCACAAAACUGCACGAUAUCGCACCUCAGGCCUGGCCAACGCAUGGCUCACAUCUACAAUACAGGCCAAAAAAGAGCCCUCGCUGUCUAAACAUGGCAAUUGAAUUCAGAACCAACAAAGGAAGACAGCACGAUAUUGCAGGGACUCAUUAUAUCAACUUCGCCUUCGUCGAGUUCCCUAAGCCAAAGGCCUCAGCAGCUUGA